AUGUAUCGAUAUACAACGGCAAUAAUUAUGAUGAUUAUGCUUAUGCACUGUAAUCGCACAGAUUUCUGCUAUUCGCCAUUAAAUCUUUUCAUAGCAUCUAAAAUGUUCGAGCAAGUAUUUGAUGAAUUAGCCAAACGAUUCGGUUUUGAUAAAGAAUUAUUUUGCGUGAUACAACUUGGCAUAGCUUUUAUGUUGGUAUUUGUCGGUUUUGACGCUCAAGCUUUCAUUGCUGAAAAUGCCCUGCAUUCAAUUGCCUUUCUUCAUCCUGGACGAAUCAACAACAAUGCUGGUUACUAUGGAAUGGCGAUUACUUAUCUAUCUUUCACGUUGAUGACUCUCGUUACACCGAUCAUCGUGAAUAAAAUUGGUGCUAAAUGGAGUAUGUUUGCUGCAAGCUUAGUAUAUUCACUAUUUAUGCUUCUUUUUAUAUUGGUCAAUAAUUAUUUGUAUUACGUAAUGUCAAGCCUUAUGGGUGCAGCUGCGGCUUGUAUGUUUACUUGCACAUUAUUUGUUAAUUCGUUAAUAUUGUGGAAUGGUCAUGGGGUAUAUAUUAAACAAAUUACGUCGACUGGAAAUGUUUCAAGAAACAUUGGCCUACACUGGAGUAUUAAUUUUCUUAGUUCUGUAUUUGGUGGAUUAAUCAUGUUGAUUAUCUUGAAUAAAACAAAGACAAUGAAAUACUUAACCAUGGAAGUCAUCGGAUAUAUAUUCUAUGGACUUGCAAUCACUACUGUUAUGUCCAAUAUAUUAUUCUUUUUCUUGCCAAACUAUUCCGUCAAUAAAUUUCAACUUUCGCGCAAUUUCUUAAAAAAUCUUGAAAAGACUUUUUCAUUAUUACUUGAUCGACGCAUGUGGCUACUGGCAAUAUGCUUUUUAUAUCUUGGCUUUCUUCUUGGUUUUUAUUUGUCUAUAUUACCAUCGUCUAUGUUGUUUUCGAAGUUUAUCGUUGGUUAUGGAAAUGAAAUUGUUGCCUAUUAUGCUAUUGUUUUAGGUAGUGGAGAAAUAAUAGCUGGACUUUUUGUAAGUUAUAUGAGCAAACGGAUUGAAGGUUUUGGUUUCAUGCCUACGAUGCUGCUGGCUAUUCCACUUCAUUCAUGUGCAUAUCUUGGCGUUUUACUUACAUUUCCAUCAGAUGCAAAUUUCCAUCCAACGACUUCGACAACUAAUGCUGAGAUGAAGUUAUAUUCAGCCAAUUUCAGCCUUUCGUGUUGGUUGAUUAUUAGUUUUCUGCUUGCAGUCGGUGAUAGCUUUUGGAAUACGAUUCGAACAACAGUAAUAACCCAUCUUUAUCAAAAUAAUAGUUCACAAGCAUUUGCUCUAAGCAAAUUUUUUCAAGUAAUGUAUUUGUCAAAAGAUUCACUGGCAACAUCCAGUAUAUUGUUCGGCUCAGAUUUGGUAACUCUUCAUUGGCAAAUACUUUUAUUAGCAUCUUUUCUAAUUUUCGCAUCGAUAUCAUUCUCUAUCUUAUGGAGAAUCAACAAAGAUGAUUUUAUAGCUCCUAAAAUGGAGGUCGCCGUCAUAACUGCUGAAGUGAAAAUUACAUAA